CGACCAUGGCGCUCGCUAUACAUUACCAGAAUUCAAUGGCAGUUCACAACAACUUCAACCGCAUGCAGGAAGAGGAAGAGCCAUCGAGAAAGAGGAGACGACAGCUGCCUCAGACGUUGCUGGAUCUCGUCUCCCCAGACUUUCAUCAGGUCAACCUCAACAUCGAGCGGGAUAUCAAAGAUGUCAUCGGGAUCAAGCUUGAUAAAGACGAACAGAUCUGUCGGCUCAACCUCACACCCGCCGGAUGUCCAUUAGGCCCCCUCCAUUGUCCGCUGAGACACACCAUGCCCUCCAAACUGAACUUCCAGCCCUCAACUUCCCGCGGCGACUCCUCCGACCCACGAUUCCGCACCACAGUAUGCAAGCACUGGCUGCGCGGCCUGUGCAAAAAAGGCGAGUCCUGCGAGUUCCUACACGAGUACAACCUGCGCAAGAUGCCCGAGUGCUGGUGGUACGCCAAAUACGGCUACUGUUCAGCCGGGGAUGAGUGCUUGUAUACCCACCCAAAGGAGAGGAAGAUCGACUGCCCAGAUUAUGCGCGUGGGUUCUGCCCGCUGGGCCCGAAAUGCGAGAGGAAACAUGCGAGGAGAGUCCCUUGCCAGAAUUACCUGUCCGGGUUCUGCCCGCUUGGGAAGGAGUGUGCGCUCGCCCAUCCAAAAUGGGAGUUGCCGACCAAGGAGGAGUAUGAGUCUCAGCAGCCCAGAGAGCUUGGCCCGCCCCCGCCUGGAUUUGGGAGGUUUGGGAUGGGCGAGUCUGGGGGUGGGUACGGCGGUGGCGGGUAUGGAGGUGGUGGUGGUGGACGAGGAGCAGAUGCCGGUGCUGGGGGACGCACGUUCGAGCGCAGGAACCUGGACGACGUCGUCUGCUUCAAAUGUGGGGAGAAGGGGCACUAUGCCAAUAUGUGCAGGAAUAGGAACUUGCCUGGGAAUAGAGGCGGGUUGGAGAGA